GAUUACUUGUUAUUACAAAAACACAAAUUGUUCUGUAUAAUUUUUCUAAUAAAUUUGUUGCAUAUUUUAUAAAUAUAUAUAGUAUUUAAGUCUGUGAUAUAUAUAAAAUCAGUUGUUAUUAAAAUAUUUCCUGUACAUACUUAACCGAAAAUGUCAAACAAAUUUGAAGCUCUCAAGACACAAGUUGAAAGUGGUGACGAUAGUGGAAGUGGCGAUGAGGACAUUGGAGGUUAUGUUGUAAAUCCAGAUACUCUGCCCCCUUUAGAAAUUCCGCCCACUGAACAUAAAUUACAAUAUCCAUAUUGGUUGUGGUUCUCAAGAUACACCAAAAGUGCAGCACGAUUAAAUUCUACACAAGGUUAUACACAGGCACUACGUUUAGUUGGACGUUGUGGGUCAGUUGAACAAUGGUGGUCCAUGUAUUGUCAUUUAGCUCGUCCUAGUGAAUUACCACCUACGACAGAUUUACAUUUAUUUAAAAGUGGUAUUAGGCCUAUGUGGGAAGACCCAGCCAACACACGUGGUGGUAAAUGGGUAAUUAGGUUAAGAAAGGGUCUUGCAGGCAGAGCUUGGGAAAAUCUAUGUAUGGCAAUGCUAGGAGAACAAUUUAUGGUUGGUGGUGAAAUUUGUGGUGCUGUUUUGUCAGUUCGGUUUCAGGAGGAUUUAGUAUCUUUAUGGAAUAGAACUGCAACAGAUCAAACCAGUGUAGCCCGAGUUCGAGACACAUUAAAGCGGGUAUUAAAUUUACCUGCCAAUGCAAAUAUGGAAUACAAAUCACAUGGAGAUAGUUUGAGGGCUUCUAAAGUUAUAUCAACAGUUGUAAAGAGCUGAAUUGUACAUAAAUAACAAAA